AUGUCCAACAAUAACUUUGAUGUCAAUGGUGCCGCCACCAACUUCUCCAAGACUUGUAACUAUAGUGAACUUAGUAACUCCAAAGGUGAAUACAAGUAUAACUUUGCCUGUAUCCCUUCCAAUGCCACCAAUACCAACGAUGCUCAAUGUAUCCGAUUUGCUCCUGAGAAGAUGCCCAAUACUUUUGAUUGUGAUUAUUUCUUUGGCGGUCAAUGGCGCAAUGCCACUGAGCAACAAGGCUUAACUUGUGUUGGUAACUGUCAAGGCCCACCUGAAGCCAAGGCUGUCGGUGCCGGUGUCACUGCCUACCCUAGCUUUGCCCUUACCUUUGCUGCUUUGUUCAUGGCCUUUAUGAUGUUCAAGCGCAACUAA